AGCGCGGCCCUGUCGCUGCCGCGGUCGGAGGCGCAGCCGUGCCCCGGCCCGACGCGGGGCCGCCGUCUCGCCCGUCACAGGCGGCCCGGCCCGGCGGCCGGCGCGGGGCUCAUGGCCAAGUUCUAGGUCAAAUGAUUCGUUCUGUGACAAGACAUCAUGACACUUUGAGUAUGACAGAAGCCCUGAUGCUGCAGCAGAGGCUGGGAAUAUUAAUGGCCAAAUCUAGAGAUCAGAUGGUCUUCUAAAGAAGUCAUGGGUAGCUGUUGUAGCUGUCCAGAUAAAGAAACUGUCCCAGAUAACCACCGAAACAAGUUUAAGGUUAUUAAUGUGGAUGAUGAUGGUAAUGAACUGGGUUCUGGCAUAAUGGAACUUACAGAUACAGAAUUGAUUUUGUACACCCGUAAAAGGGACUCUGUAAAAUGGCACUACCUCUGUCUCCGUCGCUAUGGCUAUGACUCAAAUCUUUUCUCUUUUGAAAGUGGUCGAAGGUGUCAAACUGGACAAGGAAUCUUUGCCUUUAAAUGUGCCCGGGCAGAAGAGCUAUUUAACAUGUUACAAGAGAUAAUGCAGAAUAAUAGCAUAAAUGUAGUAGAAGAACCAGUAGUAGAAAGGAAUAAUCAUCAAACUGAAUUGGAAGUUCCAAGAACCCCUCGAACACCUACCACUCCUGGGUUCAAUGCACAAAGUUUACCUAAUGGCUAUCCCAGAUACCCAUCUUUUGGAGAUGCUUCAUCACAUCCUUCCAGCAGACAUCCUUCUGUUGGAAGUGCACGCCUCCCCUCUGUCGGUGAAGAAUCAACACAUCCUUUACUUGUAGCAGAAGAGCAAGUGCACACUUACGUCAACACUACUGGAGUACAAGAAGAAAGAAAAAAUCGAUCGAGUGUGCAUGUGCCACUGGAAUCAAAGCUUUCAAACACUGAAAUAACUAAAGUGAAAGAAGAUCAGAUGUGUACUGAUGACAGAGAUGCUCAGGUUCUCCUGGAGCCUGAAGGAGUCAAAUUUGUUUUAGGACCAACACCUGUUCAAAGGCAGUUAAUGGAAAGAGAGAAACUGGAGCAACUUGGGAGAGAUCAAGUUAGCGGCAGCAGCACAAACAACACUGAAUGGGACACUGGGUAUGACAGUGAUGAACGUAGAGAAACACCGUCUGGUAAUAAACUGGUAUAUGAAAACAUAAAUAGGUUAUCAAUUCCUAGUGCCUCAGGGGUCAGGAGAGGUCGCUUGACAUCAACCAGUACCUCAGACACCCAGAACAUUAACAACUCUGCUCAGAGGAGAACUGCGCUGUUGAACUAUGAGAACUUGCCAUCCUUGCCUCCUGUUUGGGAAGCCCGCAAGCUGAGUAGAGAUGAAGAUGACAGUUUAGGACCAAAGACCCCAUCUCUGAAUGGCUACCACAAUAACCUAGAUCUAAUGCAUAAUUAUGUCAAUACAGAGAAUGUAACAGUACCACCAAGUGCUCAUAAAGUAGAAUUUACACGACGUCGGGACUGUACGCCAACAGUCUUUAACUUCGACAUUAGGCGUCCGAGUUUAGAACACAGGCAGCUCAACUACAUACAGGUUGACUUGGAAGGUGGUAGUGACUCUGACAACCCUCAGACUCCAAAAACCCCCACCACUCCACUUCCGCAGACACCAACCAGGCGCACAGAGUUGUAUGCUGUGAUAGACAUUGAAAGAACUGCUGCUAUGUCGAGCUUGCAAAAAGCACUGCCCCGAGAUGAUGGUACUUCUAGGAAAACUAGACAUAACAGUACUGACCUGCCUAUGUGAGCCUGGGAAGCAUUGAAUCAUUUGCACCUUUUGUGAAGUUUAUAACAUUGAAGAUGCGAGUACUUUGCAUUUCUUAACACUAAUGCCUUUUAUAGACUAAUAGAACUUCUUCUGCAUACUUCAUGUACUUGUCUAACUAAAGGGAAUUAAUGUAGAGCAAGUAUUCAUCUAGGUAACACUAUUUCAUUCUACAGUAGAAGUAAUUACUGCAUAGCAGCAUCACCACCUUUCACAGUGCCUCUUUAAUUGAUUAGAGUCUGAGUGACAUGCUGGUUUUGGAUUUAUAAAUAUUCUGGUCUGGUGCCUAUACUCAUUACUGGCAUUUAUAACACUUUUUAAAGCCUCUUGAUAUGUGCAUUAUUGACAGGUAAACCUAAUCUUUCAAUGUACGUAUCUUACGUUCAUUUCUCAUUGAAGUGGUUCCUCCAGAAUGAAAUGUAUGUAAUAUGCUAAUUCACUCAGUUUGACUCACACAAGAUACAUUGGUUCAUCUCAAGGAAUAUAAACACCACACCUUUUUUGUCUGUGGGCAAGAAGGCCUCUAAUUCUUGACAGUUUUCUCAACUUGUGUGAUUUUUGAGAGGUCCCAUUGAUGCUCGUUGAUCAGAGCUAUAAACACAUCUAAAUCCAGCCUUAAGCUCCUUCCGCUAGAAUAGAAUUCCAAGUCGCAUAUCAAAUUCCCUGUGAAAUCUGGCAAAAUUGUAAUCCCACUAGCAUUUUGGGGUUUUUUGUGGAGGAAUUCACAGGUGGGCUGUAUGAAUUAAGGCUCUCUUGUCAUUUCUUAGUUCAGUGUCCUUUCCUUUCUUUGCAUUUGUAUGUUUCUUUUUUAUUUGUUCCAUAAUGUCUUGUUUUGAAAGUCAAAAUUUUGUACAUAGCUUUAAUUAUUGUUCAGGGUCGUAUAUGUGUUUGUCUUACUCUCUGCAUUUGACAAAGAAAGACUCUUGAAGGUCAAAUAGUUGUCUUUGUCCAGUGUUCUACUUUUUUAUGCCUGACAGAAAUAUCCCAGCUCUCCAGCAGCAUGCAUUAUUGCACAACUGGAAAGGUUUAUUAUGCAGUUAUUGUCUUCCUCUAAAGCAUCAAACACAGGUUACACGGGAGGCAGGGUACUGGACUUGAUAGUUCUUUAUAGAAAGUUGUACAUUCUAGCAGUGUGCAUCCAUAGGUGAUAGUGUACUUUAAUUUAGAAAGAUAUGUAGUAAAUUAUCUGAAGGUAGUAUUAUCUACAAGCAUAAUUCUUUUCCUUUUGCAGUUGGUGAAUUUGGUCACAACAAUGGCUGCUCAGUGUUACAGGUACAUCCAGGUAGAAUGUUCUUUGUUGAAUAUGCCAGAUGCACCCUUAGAAGUUUUUAUUUUGUUUUGUUUAUUAAUACUCUGAAUAAUCUUAGAAUUCUGGCAGUAUUGCAGGCGCACCUUGGUACUAGCAGUAGAAGAGAUUGCUCUUGAGCCUGUGAUUGCAAAGGAACUGACACUUGUGUGAACUGGUAUGAUGUAAAAUAACCCCUGAACUGUGAGGAAAAAUAUGCACGAAAAGCCAUUCGGAAAUCCGGAAAAGCAUUAAGGGUCUUCAUGCAAUAUUUGAAUUGAAGUUUUAUAAAAAAAAACUUAGUUGUUUUCAGUCUUUUAAAUUGGUGUGUAUUUCUGUUCCUCUUUUUUCUUUGGUCUUCUCUCGUUUAGUAGUGGCAGCAGUAGUAGCACCUGAAAUACCUGUGUCUUGCCACACCAUUAGCUUGUAUCAGGCAACCUUUUCACUCUGACUUUCAUUAUUUUUUACAGACUGUAUGGUACUGAAAUACCAGAUGCACAAAGACCAUAAUUUGCAGAAGUAAAAGAUGGGAGUCACUGAGACCAUUAUGAGGAACUUAAAUGAGAUUUAAGAAAAAAAAUCAAUCCUCAUUAAUGAUUUCGUGAUCAGCCUCUGCAUAUUCUUGUGAUAGGCUUGCUGACUUGGUACUCAAAAAGGUAAUGACUACCUAAAGCUAGGUCUGCAGCCUCUUGAAAGGAGCCAGGUGGGGGUCAGCCUCUUCUCCAAGGCAACUAAUGAUGGGACAAGAGGCCAUAGUCUUGAGCUGCACCAGCGCAGGUUUACGUUGGACAUUAGCACAAAAUUCUUCACAGAAAGUACGAGUAGACAUUGGAAUGGGCUGCCCAGAGAGGUGGGGGAGUCACCGUCCCUGGAGGUGUUUGGGGAAAGACUGAACGUGGCACAGAGUGCCAUGGCCUAGUUGACGAGGUGGUGUUCAGUCAUAGGUUGGACUCCAUGAUCUCAGAGGUCUUCUCCAACUUAAUUGAUUCUGUGAUUCUGUAAGUGUUCCCACACAUCUUUGCCAUUGCCUCACCUUAUGCUAUGGACCAGUCUUGGUCUGUACUGAAGAGAAAUUACCAUGCAUUGCAAAAUACUUACUGGGUUAAUAAUUCUGGUGUGAUUCUUGUUCUUAGUGUAUAGCUCACUAAAGUUUGUGAGCUGAACUAAGCUUCAGCCUGUGUUUUGAGACAAACGUCUUUGAUCUAACUAGCUGCUUAGAAAUAUUUGGUCCUCAUCUGUACAGUUUGGACAAAUUAAUUGGACCCUAAAAACACACCUGUGAGGCAGGGAAGUAAUAUUCUUAACUGCCAAAUAUGGAAACAGGUUUCAGGUAAAUUUUAAGUGACCUGCUGAAAUUUCAACAACCAGGCAUAUCUCUCCUUAGUUCCAGUGCACUGUCCUAUGCAUUUAGUCUCAGUAGUUUCAGAUAAAAGGAAUGGUCUGAGAAUUUUUUUAUCUUGUUGCAAGUUUCACAAUAUUUUCCUAGCUCUGGUCCCCAGAAUUGAGAACAUACUGAAAUGUCAAUUUUUGUAGCCUUAAUUAUGCUAACAAGUCUGAUGACAUACUUUCCAGGACUACUUUUUUAACCUCUUACUUUUUACAGAUGGGAUAAUGCUUUCUCAUUUUGUGUAUGCUGCAAACAUAUUGAGUAGUCCCUGUUACCCACACUACUCAUCUUUAGCAUUCCUUAUUUUCUGCCCCUUGAAGUAGAUGCAGUUGCAAUGCACUUUACCCUUUUAGACUUGGUAAAUAUUUUUUUUCAAUUUUUCUUUUAAAGGCUGGGAUGUUAGAUUUAGUUUCUGUAAUCUAGGAUUCAGUUUUCAGCUGAAAUCUCUCCACAGUAUUUAGAUCAUAUUUAUUUUGGGCCUACAGGUAUAUAGACCGAGAAA